UCUCCCAGGACCUCCAUUCACUAUAUCUGGUCUCCCAGGACCCCGCAUUCACUAUAUCUGGUCUCCCAGGAUCCCGCAUUAACUAUAUCUGGUCUCCCUGGACCCCGCAUUCACUAUAUCUGGUCUCCCUGGACCCCGCAUUCACUAUACCCGAUCUCCCCGGACCCCGCAUUCACUAUAUCUGGUCUCCCAAGCCCCGCAUUCACUAUAUCUGAUCUCCCAGGACCCUGCAUUCUAUAUAUCUGGUCUCCCAGGACCCUGCAUUCACUAUAUCUGAUCUCCCCGGACCCUGCAUUCACUAUAUCUGAUCUC